CAUGGAGCAGCUGGUGGUAGAAGAGAACGAAGUCCACCUGGACACACUGGAUGAAUGUUAUCUGGCUGCUUCUAUUGACCAUUAUCUGGAAGGCUCCUGUCCUCCUUCUAGGAGGGUCUCCUUCCCAACAGAGAAGAGAGAAAUUUUCUUGGCUCUAGAUGUAAACG